CGUUCGGGCCGAAACAAAGCUGAGCCCUAAAUGUCCCCGUCACCCGCUCCCCCACUAUAAAGGGACAGGCGCUACCGCCGUCUCUCUCCCGCUCGAGCAGAAACCUAGUGAGGCCUUCGGUGAACCUCCGAGCUCCGACUCGCUGCAUUGCAAAGCGAAAUUGCUCUGCCGAAGUAUAGGUUCAGCUGCAGCUUGACAAUGGUGCUUCCCAGUACGUGCUGCUGCUUCUCCAAUUCAUUGCCCACGCACGUCCCCUCCCAAGGGUGGUUUCUUCCAAGGAAGCAGCUCCCGAGGAUCGGUCCUCAACCAGCUGCGAAUCUGCAUUCCUCCAACAGGUUGGCAUUUCAUAGACUGUCACUGAGGGCAACAACCUCCGAGGACGCGUCUAGUGGGGCGAACCAGUAUGUCGGUGAAGACCGUGACACCAUCACUGCAAGUGCAGUCGAAGUGGACGUGGAAGAGAAGCCAGCAGCCCCGCAGAAUUCGUUUGCUGAAGGCUUCUCACCGGCAGCAUCCAAUGAGGAGCCACCGCCCCCUGAUGGGCAGGCACAGUCAUUUGAGUUGUUGGAGAACAUCGACUUAAAGUUUGAUUCUGAAGACACCCUCUCUAUUGCUCUAUAUGGUAGCGGCGCUCUGGUGGCCCUAUGGUUAGCAUCAGCUGUUGUUGGGGCAAUCGAUUCUAUUCCUCUGUUGCCUAAGCUAUUGGAGGUGGUUGGUCUGGGAUACACUGUGUGGUUCACAUGGCGCUACCUGAUUUUCAAGAAAAACAGAGAGGAAUUUUUAGCGAAAAUCAGCGAGCUGAAGCAGGAGGUUCUUGGCUCAAAGGAUGACUGACGAUGCCAGAGAGAUUUUGCAUGAACGGUGUCUGCCUUGUGUAAUCAAAUCAUUCUGUAGAGAUUAUAGUUUCGCUCUGCUCCCUGGGCAAGCAUAAUCCUGUUGAUAAUAGAUGAGAAAUAUGUGUGGAUGAAAUUUAUGUGCUUUCGGGCUAUCUACUUAACGCUAAUUCACAGUUUGGGGAGAAAUGGGAGGACUCAGAAAAAGUAGAACGCAGCAAAUUGCCUAUGCUGUGAGCUCGGUUCUUCUUUACAAUGUCGAUGCAUUCGUUGGGUUACAAAAAUUCUCGACAUAGUUGAGGUUUUGUCCAA